UAUUCCUCAAGAGAGUAUAUUACGUAAUUUGUCUCUUUCUACCUAAUGUGGUGUAUGUUUACUUACCAAACAUACAAAUUGUGUGUUGUUCUGCCGCAGAACUUUAUCACAGAGCUUUUUAAUUAGACCACUGCUCAUGUAAUUCUGUUGUAUGAGGUUAAUAAACAACGCUUAAAAUCUUCUUUUCGUUUUGAGGCUACUUAGUUAUGCGGUUCUAAAAUAAACAUUAUUCUCGAAAGAAAUAGGUUUGAUAAUUCUUUGGGAAAAAGACCGGCAGAGGUUUUAUGUGUAUUAAGUUAACGAAAAUCAAUCACCACAUUCACAACCCCUAUGGGGCUUUAGUCACCUUCCAAACGAACAAAUGGCUUCCCUUACAUUAACCGACACAAGGACAGAGAUAAUAUAUAGAGAAGUUAACUAAUCGUCACAAUUUAUUUUACGUACCUCGUUAUUUAGUCUAUUGGAAACAAUGCUAAGUUGUGCUGUUCACGAGACACAAAAUGGGAUUCAACGCAACUAAAAAUACACUGGACAAGACAUAUACAUUGACGAUUUGGUUCACUGGAGAAUCGAAGAUUUAAUUUUUGCCUCUAUUUCAAAAAGCGUUUUAGAUGAACUCGGGUAAGCUUUAUUUUAUUGUUAUGAUUGUAAUGUUUCAGACUAGUGGUGUCUCAGAAUCAGCGGGCGCUGCACAUAGUGUUCCCUCAUCACUUCCUCGACUCGCCAGAGUGGUUUGGCGUGUCUACUGAUGAGUUUUUUCAGGUGUCGAUAAUGGCGAUGGAGGAGUCUCGCGUGCUGGUCUGGCAUCGUGACAAGCUGAAGCUCUCCAUCAUGUCGGACGCCUUCCUGCAAGCAGUCUUCGAUCACAUACUCGGUCGAGACGUUGUGCAUAAACUCAUGCAGGUGAGCGAAACGAUGGCAGUUUCGAACGGUCACCUGCCGAACAGCUACGAGGAAGGCGAGGACAAGCCCAUGCUAGUCGUGAAGAAGGCGGGUGAUGGGCCUGGCAUCACCGCCUUGCUGAACCGGCAGUUACAAGCGACAGACCCAAAUGCGUGGCGCCUGGGCCGGAUAGAGGAAGCCGACCACGAGACGCCCGUGUGAGGCCAGGCCUUGCACGUAGCGGUGCGUCCGCGCAACAAACGCCCGCGCCGCUAGUGCAAAAUACACCUUAACUAGUACGGCAUAAGGUUCACCAGACUGAGCCGGGCUCGUCGGACCUGGCUACCUCAAUAACGAACUCUAUGUCGAGGACUGUAGGAUACAAAGUCGAACGUUCAUAUCGUAUAUUAUUAUGUAGAUCUUAUUACAGGAAGUAAGUUGUGUGAAGUGAUGUGGCUUGAGCUGGAAGAUUGGAGUUGCGUGUGUCGAUGUUUUGGUGAGUUCCAUCGAUUCAAUAGUCGAUUAUAUUACUACUUUCACUUACGAAUUAUAUAUUAAUAAUUCGAUUAUAGUGAUAAGAUAAAUAUAAUACAAUCUAAAUAUUCAGUUAAAGAUUUCUUGAAGUCAUAGUGUACUUGACAAAUCGACUAAAUUAUUUUUAAUCGACUAAUUAGAAUAGCUGUAGCGAGACAACAUGAGUUCAUCAAAUCUUACCCUCAUAUAAUAAUAAUUAAUGCAUAAUAAUUUAAUCGAUAAAUCGACUAAUUGACUGUUGAAUCGAUAGAAUGACAGCCUAUUUAACUAUUUACACGUCUGAGAGCCAUCGUUACUUUGAACAUUUAUAUUGAUGUAUAACUACAAAGUACGAUGUUCCCCGACAUAGUAAACAAUGAUUUUUAAUAAGGAAUAGCUUAUAUGAUCUGAAACGAAAUAGCACAUUGAAAAAAGACUAGAAUCAUUAUUUUGUGUAUACUAUUUAUGUAGAUAGACAUAUUGUAACUAAAUAUUGAUUCGAUAAUAAUAUGGCGUCGUAUUGUCCCCAAUAAAAGUAUAAAACGAGAGGUUAUAUUUCAAUAAAUGUUUUGUGUAAAUACAUUAUAGAAAGAAUAUGUACGUGUAUAAAGAAUUGAGGAAAUUGUGUGUACAAAAUAUGUAUUCUAUUCGAUUCUUAGUGGCCAUGAUGUGGAAGAAAUACUUGCCUUCUAAAUCUCACAGUUUUAUUGAUUUCGUUGUAGCUUAAAAAUAUGUAAUUAUUUUCAUAUGUCUGUAUUUAUCUAUAUUUCUUAUUUUAUCCGACAUCGGUACUGCCGUAAAAUAGCUCAUUUAAUCUGUAAGUCAUUGUAAUAAUAUUUUUUUCUGACAAUAUGUUUGAGAAGCUGGGAAUUAAGUUUCUCUAUAAGUGGACUGUGUUACUUUGUUUUUCUGUAUAGUUAUUUUUAUGUAUUAUCUCUGUCUUUGUCAGUUGAUAGUAAGUGCAGGUCGCUGUUAUCAGGUAGCUUUGUAAACAAAUGCACAUUGAUGAUGUUUUUGAUAUUUCGCUUUUGUAUUGUGUCUAUUAAUAAAUAUGUACUGGUUAUUUACCGCUAUUUUUAUGAGGAAAAUAUUUACUUUUUACUUGUAUAAAACUGUGAUUUUUUCAAGGGAAUGCUACAGAUAUGAUUCCUGUAAUAAUAUCAUCCAUCCCUGUCAAACUCCACAAGAUUUCUUUUAUUGAAACGCCACAUAUUGAUGUACCUGAUGAACACUUGUUGUAAAGAAACUUGUCGAGUGGACAAUAAGUGUGAAGCCGCUGGGAACACUGCAAUUGCGUUUUAAAUACUUUGGGAAAUAAGUUAUCAAAUAAUAGUUAUAUUACGUAGCACUUGCAGCUAUUUCAGCGGCUUUACGUUACUUUCAUAAUAAAGUGAACUAUGUCUACUAAACUAUAAGUCACAAAUUAAAACGAGCAGGCCUUAAAAAGCAAUAGCAUGUUACCAUAGAGUUGCGAAACUGUCCAAAUGCUCAAGUUAUUUUCAAUCUUAUUUAUUACCAUAAUAAGAUAGAGAAUAGUGUACAACCAUGUUUAGCGUUGGACAGUUCCGUUGUAAAGAAUAUCUAAUCACGAAUUAGACAAAGACCAUAUUAUAAAACUGAGUUAAUAUAUAUCGAGCUGAAUAAUUGUACAAAUUGUUGGAGGUACCUAUCAAUGCACACUACUGUAAGACGAUAAGUUGUCUGAACACAUUACUAGUUGUUUAUUUUAAAGUACAAUGGUUAAAUGUUUGCUUGAGUCAGAAAUGAUGGUUAAUGUGAGUUCUUAUAUUGUUUUAGUCGAACUGUUUACUCAGGUGCGAACUAAAUUAAAUAGUUAUAACAAAAUUACUUGAUACCUAUUUUUGUAGUUAGCACAUAUUUCAGCACAACAUCGAACAAUGGAUUUUCCCUUUUUUCGUAGUCAAGUAGCGAGGCGGUCGACGGACGCAAUGCUGUCGAAACUAAUCAGACUUUCACUACGGUUCCGAUAGCGUCAGUCGACUGUGCAAUUUGUUUUAUUUUUAGUUACGUAAUAAUUAAACUUUAACUCCAAUGACCAAGUUAUUUUGACAUUAUAUUGAUUUUUUAUUUAAUUUCUUUUUGUGACGUCUUCCUAUAAGAAUAUGAUGUAUAAUAUAAAAACUGCAAAUGAUUUUGUAUUGCUUGUGAUCGAUCGCCUACAAACAGAUAAUAAAGGUGGCUAUUACGUUAUUAGUUAGCAGCUGUAAAAGUGAUGUGUGUUUUACAUUCCGAAAUUUUCAUUUUUAUAAUUGGAGUUGUGGGUAAAAGUAUGUCUAGGAGCCAGAAGCACUGCCAAUGCAAUAUGAUUGCUUGAUUUGCGGUCACUGCGUUAUAAUUUGUAAUAAGGCUGGUUUAAGUCGCGCUGACAGCCGAGAUAUUUGAACUUCCAGGAACCGUGCGCACAGACAGCUACGCGUCAUUGAAAAACGCUUCCUAGAAGUUCAUAUAUCUCAGUCAUUAGCGCAGACGGUGCGCGUGCCGUCAGCGCCAGACUAAAACCAGCCUAAGGAUCUCAUUUUGUUUUGUAUUACGAUGUUGAUUUUUCUUGAUAAGUGAGGAGCACAGUUUUAUGUUGUUUACAUGUGGAUGUUGAUCCAUGUUCUGGUUGUCACAAGACAAGUGAGAUUGUACAAGUCUUGUGUCUGUGUGAGCACCCAGUGUGUAGUAUGCCUUAACAAAUUGCCAUUUGUGAUGAUUGUAAGUUAUGAAUGUGUUGUAUGAUUAAUUGUAUUGAAAUCAUCUUAGUACAUGUUGAGACAAAUAGAGAUAAAAGAAAUAAAGUAACAAAUUGUGUAAAAA